CCCUUGUCUUCCUGCAGUCCACGGCCAUCUUCGACUCCGGCCACCGCAUCGCCAUGGCCUCCUCCUCGUCCGGCGCCGCGGCCUUCUCCCGCCUCGUAGACCGCACCCGCGUCCCGGACCCCACCCUGCAGCGCCACGCCGUCGCGGCCUUCUUCCGCCACCUCCUCACGCUGCCCCCGCCCCUCCCCGCCGCCGCCCACGACGGCAUCUCCUCCCUCCUCGCCUCGCCCCACGCCGCCGUCGCCGCCCACGCCUCCGCGUCGCUCGCCCGCCUCGCCGCCUCCCGCGCCGACCUCCUCGCCCCUGACCACGCCCUCCCGUUCCUCCUCGCGCCCCUGUCCGCCUCCCCGUCUCCCCGCCUCGCCGCGUGCCUCGUCAAGGCCGUCGCCGCGGUAGUUUCCUGCGUCCUCCGCUCUGGCCCCGCCGGCUCACGCUUCGCUCCCUACAACCACCCCUUCGUCCAGGCUCUCGCGUCGGGGGCUGACGGCGCUCGCGCGGAGCUGUCGCGGCAGGCGGCCAGGAUGGUCGCCGAGGGGGUCCACGGGGUGGUGGGGUUCCUGAGGCCGUUCGUGAUGUUCGCCGUGGUGAGGAAAGGGGACGCCGCGUUUGCCAGGGAUUUGAUCGGCGCGCUGGCCGCUGCGGCGGCCACCCCAGCGGCAAAUUCUUAUGAUGCGGUCCCGGUGCUGAAAUUGCUCGGCGAGAGCUUGCUGCAUUUUGGCCGCGGGGAUGGAGAGGAAGCGCGGCUCUGGCUUAGUUCUGUGGAGAGCUUAGUGGAUGCUUAUGUGAUAUUGUUGAGAAAGUUGGCUCAUGCUCAAAGGCCAUCCUAUGAUGCCCAAGCAAGUAGUGUGGAAUUGAUAGAAACACUUCUGUCACAAUGCUCACUUCAUCACCAACUUGUUGGAAUGGCCUGUGGAGUUCUUGGGUUAUCAAAAUAUUUGUUUGUGGUGCAAAAGGACCUUGGUUUAUGCUAUCUGCCCGAAAUUUCUGCUGUCCUCAGUUCUCUUUCUUGCAUUCUCAGUGGGCUGGAGUUUGAACAUGAGCAACUGGCUGGAUUGAAACUUCUGGCCUUUUUGAUUGAGUGGAGACUUGAAAAUGCGCUCGAAACGAAUGAAGCAGUAAAUCACUUCAGCGAGGGGCUUCUCUGUGCUCUGCCAGUCAUCAACCUUGUUAUUUCUCCAUCGAGAUCUGUCAAAGCAGUGGCAUCGCAUGUCUUGUCAAGAUUUAGUUUGCUUGUUCCAGAGUUACCCACUUCUCGUUCAUCGGAGCAACAAGACAUUUCCUUGUUUUACCAUAUAAGCAAACCUACCUGUAUCCUUCCUAAACUUGUACAUCAUCUAUGGUUUCAGUCAUCUUCAUCAGGUUUCUUUUAUACGAAGUAUGCAAUUAGCAAGGGGUUGCCUGAGUCUUCUGGGUACUAUUCGGAAGCUAACUGCUGGACAGACCAAAUAAAGGAGUAUCUGUCAGUCCUUGGCAAAGAAAAGCUUACAUUGGAUGGCUCAUCUUCAAAGACGAUGUCAUCAGUAGCAAUAUCAUCGCUUGUAAGUUCUGUAGUAUCAGUUUUGGUGAUGCAUCCAAAACUUGGUACUUCUGCUGCUCAGUCCUUGGGUAUUCUUGGCGCUUCAGAUCCGAAACUGGGAAUGCCAUCGCUGGUGGUUAUCCUCUUCUAUUGCAAGAUUCUGUACAGCAAUGGUAACUUCUCAACGAAUAGCUUGCUCAGUUUGCUAGAGUCACUGCCAUCACUUGCUACACAUGGUUUUGUGCUUCCACUGGCUCUGCAACUGAUAUCACCAUUGCUUAAAAAGGAUGCAAAAUCGGUUCUAUAUGCUUUUGCUGUUCGAUUGCUUUGCAAGAUAUGGAUUAUCACAGAUUGGGCAUUUCCAAACUUACAAGGAAUCCUUGAUUCUGAAGCAGUGUCUAAUUUCAAUACUAACAGAGAAGUUUUUACAAGUAUUGCUGCAUCAGUGCGUGAUGUUUGCAAGCAGAACCCAGAUAGAGGCGUCGAUCUCAUAUUAUCUGUCUCGUCUUGUAUUGAGAGCCGUGAUUCUGUAGUUCAAGCUCUUGGCCUGGAAAGCCUCUCCUAUCUCUGUGAGGCAGACGUGGUAGAUUUCUAUACUGCCUGGAAAGUUAUAUCAAAGGAGCUGCUAGAUUAUUCAAUUGACCCCACAGUUUCACAUGGCUUAUGUAUUCUGUUGAGGUGGGGAGCCAUGGAUGCUGAAGCAUAUUAUGAAACAUCAAAGAACUUGAUACAAAUAUUAUGGUGCAUUGCUACAUAUAAGAAAAGUAAUGCUGACCGUCUUUGGAUUAAAGCAAGAGGAACUGCUUUUCACUCCUUGUCCCAGUACAAGGUCUCACUUAUUCAAGAUGCUGUUCCUGAUUUCUGGAGAAGAAACUAUGAGUGCUUCACUAAUGAACACAAUCUAGAAGUUCUCGGAGCCAUGGAGAACUUUCAAGCUGAGAUUAUCCGAUUUGAGCACAUAAAUCGCCGUAGGAUGACUACAGAUAAGAGGACAACAGUUCACAAAUUUGAGAAGCUAUUGGACCUUCUCCCUCAAGCUGUGUUUAAAGAAACGGCACAUCAUAAGUUGCCUGGUGCAGCCCUUUUAACCAUCAAAUUUUUCCCAGAGGAUAUCCUUCAUGAAGGGAAAUCUAAGGAUUUACCUAGGUUGCAUGCUGCGUAUGAGCAAGCAUUAGUGGAGAUGGCUGAGUCUAUUUAUAUAUCAAGAAACAUAAUGGUAGCUCUUCUUGCGUUGCAUUCGUGGAAAUCAUUUGUUUCCCAUUGGAUGCAGGCAGUUGUAGCUUUGCUUGACAUCAAAGAAUCUUCGAAGUUGAACAAACCUUUAAAAGCAGCUAACGAUAUAUUUAAGAUUCUGUGCAAGUGUGUUCCUGUAUCUAAUCCUAGAGUUGCUGUUAACAUUAUUCUUGCAAUUGGAGCGCUGUGCAUGGUUAUUCCUCCAACUGCCCAUCUAGUAGUAUCAUCUGCAUCUGAUUUUCUUUUGGAGUGGUUACUCCAAUAUGAGCAUGAGCACCAACAGUGGUCUGCAGCUAUCUCUCUGGGGCUAAUAUUCAAUUGUUUUCAUCCCACGGACAAAAAGAGCAAGUUUCAGGUUAUCAGUGCACUCUUUGAGGUUAUCUCAAAAACUGAUCGUUGUCUUGUAAAAGGAGCUUGUGGACUGGGAUUAGGUUAUGCUUGCCAAGGUCUUUUAACCAGAGCAGAUAGUGCAGCUGAUUCAGAAUUGGAAGCAGCUACAAAAAUCAAUGAACGUGCAUCAGUUGAAGAAAUUCUUCACACACUGACUACUUCAUUAGUUACGCUAUGUCCAUCCUCAUUUUAUUCUCUCAAGAAACUAAGUAUUUGUGGAAUAGUCUCAGAAGGGAUGGGAGAAAAUUAUGAUAGCUUCGAUGAUGAUCCUUGGGCUAUUGCAGGACUUGUUCUUGGUCUGGGAAACUCAGUUGUUGCUUUAUAUAGGCUUGGAGCUUAUGAAGCUGUUGUUGAAGUCAAGAAUAUAUUGAUAUCAUGGAUACCAGUUGUUGAUUCAAGCUCAGUAUUAUUUGAUGAAACAAAUUCAGUAUCACUGUGUAUGGGCUCUUGUCUUGCUCUUCCUUCUGUCAUAGCAUUUUGCCAGAGAGUGGAGUUACUGAAUGAUGAUUUGGAUGCUCUGUUCAAUCGCUACACUUCUUUAGCUAAUGAACUCCUGAACCUCAAGAAAUCUGGAACAAUCUUCCAGAGUUUGUUGAUGGCUAUCUGUAUUGGUGCUGGAUCUUUCUUGUCUUGCAUAUUGAAUGAUGGAGUUCAUCCUAUGAAAUUUACUGAUGUGAAAACAUUUCUUGACACUCUUAAACAUAUAUACACCCAUCCGUAUCCUCCUCUUGUCCAUUUAGGGGGCAUGUUUGGUGCUGUCAACGCUUUUGGUGCAGCUGCUGGAGACCUCACUGGGAUGUGUUGGCCAUCCAUAAAUCCGCAGAUAAAUCAUGAGAAGGAGUCUUCUUUGGUGCGAGGUCCUGUGCUCACAAGUCCUGCUGGCGAGACUCUUUCGACAUCAAUGAUUCAUGAAAUAUUUCUUCUUGCCAAGGACGCUGAGGAUAAUAACAUACAAAACUAUGCUGCAUGGGCUAUAUCAUUUCUAAGAAGCAGGUGGUUACAAAAGAAUCAGAAUCUUCAUGAUGACGAUUACUCCCAAAGAAAUCCCAUUGAUUCCAGUCAAUCAAUCAGUUUUUCUGCUGAAAGCUUAGUUUGGAACUUAAGUCUCUGGUUGAGGGACCUUAACUUCGAAAAGCUUGAUGAUAUGGUGCCAGUAAGUACUAUUACAACAGUUGUGAAAUGCCUCUCUAAAGCUCCUAGAUUGCCAACUAUAGAUUGGGGGGCUAUUGUACGGCGGUGCAUGAAAGUUGAGGCACAUAUUCCUCAUAGGUCAACUAAUCAUCGAGAUCCUAAAUUAUUAAGGGAAGAAUGCCUAUAUUUUUCUUUAGCUCAUGCUGAUCAUCUCAGUCCCCUUCUGCAAUUUUUGGAUGAUCUGACAGACCUACCCAGAUUCAGGAGAUUAGAAAUAAAUGCUCAGUCUGUUUUGCUUCAAUAUUUGUCACACCUAUUGAAGCUCUUCUCUGAAUCAAGAUUGGAAAAACUCUUUGUUGAUUUAACCGACUACUUCUGUUCCCCCACAUCGUCAUACUUGGAUUACUCCUCUGAGCAGAGAAGUUUGUUAAGAUUGUCGUUCUGGAAAGGCAUUCGCAAGUGCCUGGUGGAGGUGGUUUCUGAAGAGUCUGGUAGUUUCUCUUAUAUUAAAAAAGGCAUCGAAUGCUUGCUAUCUCUCUUGAGUCUCUGUAAAGAUGGCCAACCUGAAUUCGUGGAUGAGUGGUCUGCUGCUAUCAAGUGUCUUGGUGCUGCUCAGAAAAGUUGGCUGGGUGAUAUGCUGCAGGUGCACAAUACCACAUCCUUGAGUGAAGGUGGACAUGUUGAUGUGGCCAAGAAAAUUAUCAUCAGAGCAAGGUUGUGUUCUACCGGUUGUGUUUCUGCACAUGAGCUUGGGAACAUAAAGACUACCAUAUUGAGUACAAAAGCUGAUGGUCUCUGGUGGAACGUACUUGUUGAGGUUGCUGCAGCUGUAUACUCUGCUGACAAUGGUAUAAAGAAACAGUGGCUUCUGGAUGCAUUAGAUAUCAGCUGUGUUACAGCUCAUCCCUCCACGGCACUGCGUUUUGUUAGCCUGCUAUGUGGUAGCUGCUGCAUCUAUAUGCCACUUCUCAUUGUUAAUCCAACAAAUGUGCUGAGUGAUUUGCCAGUCACCCUGCCUUCCUUUCUCUCCAGCAGCAUUUGGGAUGAUCUUAGAAACUCUGUCGCUGAUAAGCUGUGGUUGUUGACCACUCGCAUCUACACUUGGGCAGAAAAAUUGACUCGUGGAGAGGCCCUUCCUUGCCAUGAUCAUAUUCAUGGAAGUGAAGCUGAGAACAUAAGUUUUCUUGUGAACAUGCUGCGCUCUACUUGCAUUGCGGUGGAAGAUCACUUGGCUGUAGAUAAGCAGCUAAAGCUUGCAAAUCUGGAAGCACUAUCAGGAUCAUAAGAACUGAUUAUCAUUUUUUAUGUUUUGCAUGCAUGAUAGCAUAUUUGCCUAAAACACAUAUUUCUUGUUGUUGUUUCAACUGAUGAUGUAGCCCUUUUUUGUACAUAAUUUAGCUUAGCAAUGUCAUCCUAGGCAAAAAAAUGAUGAUUGUUAGUGUUACUUGAUUUGAUUGAAGAUAGCCAGAGAUUAAAAUUAUUGUGUUACACAAA